AUGGCAACAAAAUUAAGUAUCUUAGCAAGUAACAUUCCUGAAUCAGUUACAAAGGAUAAAAUUCAUGAAUUUUUUUCAUUCUGUGGUAAAAUUGAUAGAAUUGAAAAUUAUGAUUUAAGCGCUCAAAAUAAUGAAGUUGUUUAUCAAGUUUUCUUUGCAAAUGAAUCUGCUGUUUCAACUGCCUUAUUAUUAAAUGGUGCUGAAUUGGGUGGUUCUCAAGUUAAAGUUUUACCAUUCAAUGACGGUAGAAAUCCAACUGCAAAUGAUCCUCCAGCUUAUAAUGAACCUUUAGCAAACAAACAAUCUCAAUUGGGUACUGUUAAACCUCCAAGUGAAGAAGCUAAAUCCUUAAUUGAUCAACCAGGUGUCAAUUCUGAUGAUAUUGAACAAGAAUCAAAACCAAAAUCUACAAUUUUUGCUGAAUAUUUAUCUCAUGGUUAUAUUUUAGGUGAUCAAUUGAUUGAAAAAGCUGUUGAACAUGAUAAACAAAAUGGUUAUACUGAUAAAUUUAAGAAAUUUUUAAAAGAUUUAGAUGAUAAAUAUCAUGUUCAAGAAACUCAACAAACUAUAGAUCAAAAAUAUAAAAUUAGUGCAAAUUUAUCAAGAUAUUUUGAAAAAGCUUUAAACACUGGUGUUGGUAAUAAGAUCCAUGGUUUCUAUUCAAAUGUUGUUAAUGAUUCAACUGAAAUUCAUAAUGAAGCUAGAAGAUUAGCUGAUUUAAAGAAAAAAGAAGCUUUACCUCAACAUGAAUAA